GCCCAGCUGCCCAAUUCCAAUAUGGUGGCCAGCUUGGCAGACCUACGGUUCUUGUUGAUGAUAUUGUUGCUCUGCUGGAGGACCAGGGACGGCGCCUGCACCCAGCAAGACCCGUGGGUUCUGGGGCUGCGACUGGAGGACCCAGAAGGCCAGGUGUAUAUGAAGGAGCGGAUCAUCUCUGCGCCGCAAGGGGCCAGUUUCAAGCUUCGGCUGUUCGGCUGGGAUCUAAAUGGGACCUGGCCGUGGGUGGCGUUCGCUGGGGCAAGACAGGAGGAGACCGGGGCGGUGGAGGAUACAGCCGACCCGUGCGAGCAGGAGACCCGCCGUGACUCCGCCGCCUUCCAGGUCACGGGGGAGUUCACAGCGGACGAGGAGUACAGUGGGUUGAUAACGGUACAGACGCGGGACAAGAGCAGCAGCUCUCCCGCUGCAUCCUCCACCGGAGGAGUGGAUGAUGCCAAACCUACCUACCACCACCUGUGCGUGCUGAAGAGCGGAAGCUGGGUGUCGGUGGGACCGGACAGGCUGCAGAUCAACAACGACACAGGUCUUCUGGCGGACUACAUCCCUCCGUGGGGUCUGGCGGUGCUGAUCGUGUUGCUGAUCCUGGUGUGCGGGGUGCUGAGGAGCGUCAACCUCAGCCUGUUGUGGCUGGACCCCCUGGAACUCUACGUCUUCCACAGCUGCGGCUCCGAGGAGGACAAACGGACCGCCAAGCGCCUCGAGCCAAUCCGGAGACGAGGCAACUGCCUGGUGGGUCCCUACUACUACUACAACUCACACACAAUGAUUAGACCUGGGGUCAGAGGUGUGAUGCCCAUAGGGGAUACAUGGGCACAUGCCCCUUAAGAUUUUUCCUGUUUAUAUAAAAAAUAUAUAAUACAUGUUUUUUUCUCUCUGUAAUACUACUAGCCACUUAGCAUUUUUAUUUAGUUGGCGUUAGCUAGCCCAGAUAGGUUUCCAAUCUCCCAACCUCAUAACUAGCUACCAAGUAGCAAUUUAAUGCUAUCAAUCAAGUUAGAGUAGCUAGCUUGUCUACCUUAGCUGGCAUGCCUGCUGUCAAGGUUGGUAGACUUUAGAAAAGCAAACAAUAACUAAAUGUACUGAAUAAAACUCGCAUUCCUUUCAAAGUUUUACCCAGAUUUGAGCAUAUUUUGCAUAUUUUGUUUCUUUAAAAAAAAGGACAACUCGAGAGGUAUGCUUAGAUAUGCAGGAAAAUAUAUAUUUUUUUACAUCGAAUUAAGAAUAAUGAUUAUGGCUCUAGAUUGCAGGAAAAAGCUGUUUCAGAUGUUUGAAAAAUGCUACAUUCUCACAUUUUGGCCCCUCAGAUAAUUAGGGUGCAUGGGUCCCAAAUUUACACCCCUCCUGUAGAGCUAUGCUAUUGGGUGUAGAGGCUUUUGUUCCAUCCCAGCACUAACACACCUGUUUCAAAUAAUCAGCUCGUGUCUGGACCUUAAUUAGUUGAAACAGGUGUGUUAUCAGGGUUAGGUAGGUUACUUUUUAAAUGUAAUCCGUUACUAGUUACCUGUCCAAAAUUGUAAUCAGUAACGUAACUUUUGGAUUACCCCAACUCAGUAAUGUAAUCUGAUUACUUUCAGUCACUUUGGAUUACAUUUCCUUUAAGAGGCAUUAGAAGAAGACAAAAGGGAUCCAUCAAACGUAUUUGGUGUGUCAUCAUAGUAGUCUCUGACUUGGGGUUAAACUUGCUCAGGUGGCACAAACUUAAACGUGCACCUUUCAAUUGAAUGUCAUUGAGAAAACAUUAAGGUGUCAUGAUGUAUUUUUUCACAAACAUCCUUUCUGAAUUUAAAAGUAAUCCAAGAAGUAAUCAGUUUUUCAAAAGUAUCUCAUCUGAUUCCAAUAUUUUAGCGGGUAACGCAACUGAUUACAGUUAGUUUUGUUGUUGUAAUCAGUUACUCCCCAACCCUGUGUGUUAGUGCUAGGUUGGAAUAUAAGCCUGCACAUCCAAGACCAGAGACCCCUGCCCUACCCUCUCAAUAUUCAGAUGUAAGGACAUCACUCUGAAAUCCACACUAACUUCACACCAUCCCCACUCUCGGUUCUAGGUGUGUUCUCUGCUGUUCCUGUGCGCUCUGGGCCACUCGGUUCUCGGUGUGCUGCUCUACAGGGUCCUGGGUUCCAUAGCGCCCGCCGUCUUCACCAGCGGGUUCCUCAUCUUCCUGGUGUCAGAGCUUGUUCCCCACAUAGUGUGUUCCGGCUACGGCUUCCAGCUAGCCCCAGGCUUCACCUGGCUGGCACAGGUCUGUAUGGAACCUAACAGAAGGCAAGCGUCGUGUUCAUUAGGCACCAACCGGGAGAAAACCGACUCAAACAGGGAGGAAAUACCUGGACUUGUCCAAUAAGAAAUGCUCAUUUUCGUUUUCCAUUUUAAAACGUUUUCUGUUGCGUGCCCUAAUGAACACAACCCCAUUGUCCUCUAGCAUCUAGUGAGACCGGUGGCUCCUAGCAGCCCCAUAUACAUUUUUUUCUUAACAAGAAGGUAGAAUUGAACAGGUUCCAUCUUCCUCUGCCAGGUGUGUAUGGUGCUGACGUGCCCACUGUCGUGCCCACUGGGCCUGGUGCUGGACCUGGUGUUGAGACGUGACAUCAGCACCUGCGGCGUGAGGGAGAGGGCCAUGGAGAUGAUCCGCACCAACGUCAACGACCCCUACAGGUACGUGACACACACAAACACACACAUAUCUGUAUGACCGUGUGUUAUGUCCAUGGUUGCCAUACACGGCUAUGUCACUGAUCUAUAGGACUACUGUGUGUAUGAUUAUUCCCAUACUGCAGUAAACAAAAUCUACAUCUAGCCAUGGUGACCAACAGGGGCAGGCUUUUGUUCCAGCCCAACAUAUACACAACUGAUCAGGUUUGCGAGUACUGGGCUGAAAAGCUUGCAGGACUGGAGUUGACUACCCCCCGUCUAGGGUUUAGGAGCUAGGGGUUGAUUUGGGAUUGUAAAGUUCUUUGACACCUAGUAAAUGGUAAAUGUUAUAAUCCAUCGUUAUCGUUUGUCAUCAUUGUGAUUUGCAGUGAGUUUGUGAAGGAAGAGUUUAGCCGUGGUGCGCUGCGCAGGAAGACAGUGGAGGACAUCCUGACUCCGCUGAAGGACUGUUUCAUGCUGCCGUCCACCGCUGUGCUGGACUUCUCCACCAUGUCAGAGAUCAUGCAGAGUGGAUACACACGAGUCCCCAUCUAUGAAGAGGAGAAGUGGGUGGAUGGGCUCAACACACACACACAUAAAGGGACACACAGACACACAGACACAAAGGGACACACACACACAGACACAAAGGGACACACACACACUGACACACAGACAUAAAGGGAUACACACACACUGACACACAGACACAAAGGGACACACACACACUGACACACAGACACAAAGGGACACGCACACACUGACACACAGACACAAAGGGACACGCACACACUGACACACAGACACAAAGGGACACACACACACUGACACACAGACACAAAGGGACACACACACACUGACACACAGACACAAAGGGACACACACACACUGACACACAGACACAAAGGGACACACGCACACUGACACACACACAUAAAGGGACACACGCACACUGACACACAGACACAAAGGGACACUGACACACUGACACACUGACACACAGACACAAAGGGACACACACACACUGACACACAGACACAAAGGGACACACACACACUGACACACAGACACAAAGGGACACACACACACUGACACACAGACACAAAGGGACACACACACACAGACACAAAGGGACACACACACACUGACACACAGACACAAAGGGACACACACACACACAAAGGGACAGACACAAAGGGACACACACACACUGACACACUGACACACAGACACAAAGGACACACACACACUGACACACAGACACAAAGGGACAUACACUUAAAGAAACAUACACACACAUCCCGUCUACAGAAAAGACAGGUGGGUCAUUCAAACACACACAUAGGAACAUAUACACACACACUAACAGGUAUCUAAUGUAAUUUAUUCAGGUCUAACAUCGUGGAGAUCUUGUUUGUCAAGGACCUGGCUCUGGUCGACCCUGACGACUGUACUCCCAUGACGACCAUCACCAAGUUCUACAAUCACCCUCUGCACUUUGUCUUCAACGACACCAAACUGGACGCUAUGCUGGAAGAGUUCAAGAAAGGUGUGCGUGUGUUAAUACGUGUGUGUGUGUGGUGAUACUUUUUGAAAGAUAGCCACAACAUCAAGUCAAUUUCUUUAACGUCACACCUGCAUAGACCUACCUUGUGGACUAAUGUGAAAAGCCAAAGUUGUGGUUGGCUUGCAAUUUCACCACUAAGGUACCCAGCUCUCCUCAACUUUGACCUUUACCCCCUUUCACCCCCCUCUCUCCAGGAAACUCUGCCCUGGCCAUCGUUCAGAAGGUGAACAACGAGGGGGAGGGCGAUCCCUUCUACGAGGUGCUGGGAUUGGUCACCUUGGAGGACGUCAUCGAGGAGAUCAUCAAAUCAGAGAUCCUGGAUGAGUCAGACGGCUACAGUAAGAGAGAGAGCACGAGAGACCGAGAUUGUGUGUGUCCGUAUGGGCUUGCAAGUGUGUGCGCUGUGUGUGUGUGUGUGUCUGUGUGGGAGAGAGAGAGAGCGAGUGUGUGUGUGUCACCUAACCCCUCUCCCUGUCACCUAAUCCCUCUCCCCUCACUCCUAACCGCUCUCCCUGUCCACUAACCCCUACCCCCUCUCUCUGUAGUGGACAUGAAGGUGAAGCGUCCGCUGGCCCCUCUGGAGAUCCCUCUGGAGCCUCGCAGCGUCCACGAAGAGUUCUCUCUGUUCAAACUCCCAGAGGGAGAACCCAAGAUCCGCACUUCACCUCAGCUACUGCUGGCCACACACCGCUUCCUGUCCAGAGGUGGGUGGGUGUGUGUGUGUGUGUGUGUGUGUGUGUGUGUGUGUGUGUGUGUGUGCGCAUGCGCGUAACACACGGAGACACACACACACACUUAUGUCAUGAGUCAGUGGUUUACCAGGACAGUAACAGUUUAACACCACUGGUAAUAUUACAUCACUGUAACAGAAGUUAAUGGAUACAAACGAUAAGUCUUCACGGUGGAAAAUAUGCAGGAAUGGAUAUUCAACCUGGAUAGUUAUUUUGUCUGCAUUAUAGGACUACACUUUGGAUGUGGGUGGAUGUUAUUUGACCUUUCUCUGUCCUCUUCAGCUGCUUGACAUAGAUUCACCUUUAGCCACUAAGGUUUGGAAUGAAAAUAGAACAGAAUGUAGACUACAAUAGAAUAGUGUAGCUAAUUACAAUAGAAAAGACAAGAUGGAAGGUUUGUUAGACAAACUAGUAUGCUUUUGAUCAGUGAUGAAACCAUAGGCCAGGGCUCGCCAACCCUGCUCCUGGAUAGUUGCAGGCUUUUGCCCCAGCCCUACACAAAUGUAUUGGAUAACUAAAGCUCCACAGACCUGUGUAUUAGGCAGCACGCUUGAGCAAAGCAAUGCAAUCAGUUUGUGUUCUGGAAAGGUCAUGAGAAGGUGCUGUGUGUGUGUGUGUCCAUGUCCCCUUAUAGAGGUAGAGCACUUCAGUCCAGCCCGUGUGUCAGAGAAGGUGUUAUUCCACCUGCUGCGUCACCCCAGUGUCAACCAGGAAGUCCACUUUGACCCCUCCAACCGCCUGAGCCCCGACCAUUACCUCUUCACACGCAACCACCCCGUAGACUACUUCAUACUGCUCCUUCAGGUCAGUGUGUGUGUAUUUUGUGUGUGUGUGGGUGACCACUACCUCUUCACACACAACCACCCCGUAGACUACUUCAUACUGCUCCUUCAGGUCAGUGUGUGUGUGUAUUUUGUGUGUGUGUGGGUGACCACUACCUCUUCACACACAACCACCCCGUAGACUACUUCAUACUGCUCCUUCAGGUCAGUGUGUGUGUGUGUGUGUGGGUGACCACUACCUCUUCACACACAACCACCCCGUAGACUACUUCAUACUGCUCCUUCAGGUCAGUGUGUGUGUAUUUUGUGUGUGUGUGGGUGACCAUUACCUCUUCACACACAACCACCCCGUAGACUACUUCAUACUGCUCCUUCAGGUCAGUGUGUGUGUAUUUUGUGUGUGUGUGGGUGACCAUUACCUCUUCACACACAACCACCCUGUAGACUACUUCAUACUGCUCCUUCAGGUCAGUGUGUGUGUAUUUUGUGUGUGUGUGUGGGUGACCACUACCUCUUCACACACAACCACCCCGUAGACUACUUCAUACUGCUCCUUCAGGUCAGUGUGUGUGUAUUUUGUGUGUGUGUGGGUGACCACUACCUCUUCACACACAACCACCCCGUAGACUACUUCAUACUGCUCCUUCAGGUCAGUGUGUGUGUUGGCACAUGCGCAUGUUUUAUGGUACCUGACUAUGUCCCUGUAGGGGCGUGUGGAGGUUGAGAUCGGUAAAGAGGGCUUGAAGUUUGAGAACGGAGCGUUCACAUACUACGGUGUGUCUGCACUCACAGCGCCAACCUCAGGUAAGACACAGAACUGCAGCACGCACAUACGUAUAUACCUCACUAGUACCAUUACCUGGGUCGUGCUCAUUAGGGCUCUCAACGGAAAAUGUUAUAAAACGUUUCACAACAAGAAACAAUUAUAAGUUGUAUGUUUUUACAACGUUUUUGAUUUAGGAAAUCUGUUCCCAGUAUUCCCACGAAUAAAACAAGAAACUAUAUAUCCAAAAGUAUGUGGACACCUUCAAAUUAGUGGAUUCUGCUAUUUCAGCCACACCCGUUGCUGACAGGUGUAUAAAAUCGAGCACACAGCCAUGCAAUCUCCAUAGACAAACAUUGGCAGUAGAAUGGCCUUACUAAAGAGCUCAGUGACUUUCAAAGUGGCACCGUCAUAGGAUGCCAUCUUUCCGUCAAGUCAGUUUGUCCUGCUAGAGCUGCCCCGGUCAACUGUAAGUGCUGUUAUUGUGAAGUGGAAACGUCUAGGAGCAACAACGGCUCAGCCGUGAAGUGGUAGGCCACACAAGCUCACAGAAUGGGACCGCCGGGUGCUGUAGCGCGUAAAUAACGUCUUUCCUUGGUUGCAACACUCACUACUGAGUUCCAAACUGCCUCUGAAAGCAACAUCGGCACAAUAACUGUUAGUCGGGAGCUUCAUGAAAUGGGUUUCCAUGGCUGAGCAGCUGCACACAAGCCUAAGGUCACCAUGCGCAAUGCCAAGCGUCGGCUGGAGUGGUGUAAAGCUUGCCGCCAUUGGACUCUGGAGCAGUGGAAACGCGUUUUCUGGAGUGAUUAAUCACGCUUCACCAUCUGGCAGUCCGACAGACGAAUCUGGGUUUGGCGGAUGCCAGGAGAACACUACCUGCUUCAAUGCAUAGUGCCAACUGUAAAGUUUGUUGGAGGAGGAAUAAUGGUCUGGGGCUGUUUUUCAUGGUUCGGGCUAGGACCCUUAGUUCCAGUGAAGGGAAAUCUUAACACUACAGCAUACAAUGACAUUCUAGACGAUUCUGUGCUUCCAACUUUGUGGCAACAGUUUGGGGAAGGCCCUUUCCUGUUUCAGCAUGACAAUGCCCCUGUGCACAAAGCGAGGUCCAUACAGAAAUGGUUUGUCGAGAUCGGUGUGAAAGAACUUGACUGACCUGCACAGAGCCCUGACCUCAACCCCAUCGAACACCUUUGGGAUGAAUUGGAACUCCGACUAGAGCCAGGCCUAAUCGCCCAACAUCAGUGUCCGACCUCACUAAUGCUCUUAUGGCUGAAUGGAAGCAAGUCACUGCAGCAAUGUUCCAACAUCUAGUGGAAAGCCUUCCCAGAAGAGUGGAGGCUGUUAUAGCAGCAAAGGGGGGACCAACUCCAUAUUAAUGCCCAUGAUUUUGGAAUGAGAUGUUCGACGAGCAGGUGUCCACAUACCUUUGGUCAUGUAGUGUAUGUGAUUGUGUCUCAAUGUUUGGGCCUAGUUGUGGUCAAUUUGCAGUGUACAAAUUAUUAUAAUUAUGUUCUGGCCCCCCGACCAUCCUCUCCGUGGCUGAAUCUAGCUGCCUACCCCGUUCUAGGAUGAGUUCCAGACUCAUUUACAUUUACUCUGUUGUAAUUAUUGGAUUACAUAAUGCAAAGUUAGCGUCAUAAUUAUUUGAUUACAUAAUGCAAAGUUAGUGUCAUAAUUAUUUGAUGCUGUAUUUGAAGGCAGCACAGUUUGACAGGGGUGCACAAAAUGAGCUGACACCAGAGUUCUGUCUCUUGAGUUUCCUGUGAACUUCAGUGCAACACCAUCGUGGUAGAAAUUUACUGGGGGUGGCACAAAAAUUUGCUGCCGGCAGCAUUUGUGUGUGUGCGUGUUUGAUUCACCUGUGUGUGUGUGUGUCCAGUGCACCAGUCUCCAGUUUCGACCCAGCGUCGUCCUCCCAGGGAUCCAUUUGAGAUGGGAGAUGCCACCAGCCCAUCCAGCUACUGUCCUGACUACACCGUCCACGCCCUCACUGACCUGCAGCUCAUACGGGUCAGUGUGUGUGUGUGUGUGUGUUUGUCUUUCUCUGUGUGUGUCAGACUAACAGUACUCUUCCUCUGCCAGGUGACUCGCAUGCAGUACCUGAAUGCUCUGAUGGCGUCGCGUGUUGGCCAGAACCCAGAAUCUCCUGAGAUCAAGAUCCUGCCUAACAGUCAGACCAAGCUUCUCAAUGAGAGGAACACCGCCACGCAAGGUAGGAGUAACACACAGAUACAUAGGUGCAUACUGUACACACACACACCCUUAUACUAACACCAUGGGCUAGAAUGAAGAGAAACUGAAGAUGGAAGUAUAAUAAUAAUAGUAGUAGUAGUAGUAAUAAUAAUAAUAAUAAUAAUAAUAAUAAUAAUAAUAAUAAUAAUAAUAAUGGUUGUUCCUGUUGUGACUUCUCUCCAUCAUGUAUAACCUGUACUCCCUUUGGGUGAACUAAGACUUCUCUCUUUCUCUUCUUUCUCUCCUCUGGCUCCUCCUCUCUGUCUCCUCCUGCUCUCCCCUGUCUCCUCCUGCUCUCCCCUGUCUCCCCCUCCUCUCCCCUGUCUCCUCCUCCUCUCCCCUCCCCUGUCUCCUCCUCUCCCCUCCCCUGUCUCCUCCUCUCCCCUCCCCUGUCUCCUCCUCUCCUCUCCCCUGUCUCCUCCUCUCCUCUGGCCACUCCAGAGUUCCCUGUAAACUUUUCCUUCUUUGACACCAUUGAGAACUACUGUUAGUGUUUUCUGUGUGCAUGAGGUAAAGGAAAUGCAGUGUCCUCAGUGACAUGACAACUACAACACACACACACACACACUGAAAGGACACCAAGGCAUUGGGAGAAAAUAAAAUAGUAUUUUUCAUUUUCUUUUCAGUCAGUCACAAAGCGCCUGAGGGUCAUUUAGGGCUUUAUUCAGACUUGAGAUAUGCGCUUGAAUGGUUGCUGAAGUCUCCUAUUGACAUCACUGAAUAGUUUAUGUGAAAGUUAAGCAUGCAGAUUUCAAGUCUGAAUACGGCCUUUAGAAAGUUUUGUCUCUUGACCAGAUCCUUCACAGACACUGGGAUAAGGCUUUGUGUGUGGAACGUACCCAAUUAGAGGGGGUUCUUUUAGACUGUUUCUUCUCUAAAUACUUAGUGUUAUUUAUUUUAGUGCCCUUUAUUUAGUACCCUUUAUUUGUAUCUUACAGAUAGUGAGAUGCAAUCAGGUCAGGGUGAAUGAGAUGGUGUGUUUGUGGGUGCGGAAUGGAAAGAGAGGUGUGUGUGUGUGUGUGUGUGUGUGUGUGUGUGUGUGUGUGUGUGUGUGCGCGCUUGAAAAGCUUAUGUCUGUUUCCUCGUUCUAUCUCUCGUCGCAUCUUUCUGUCCUUUUGUGGCUGCCCUAUCCCAUCCCUCUCUACUGGGUACGUAUGCUGCUAUUCUCCCACCCUUCUCCUUCAUCCCCUCCUGUGUGUACAGGAGGUAAAGACUGCAUGUCUGUUGACAAAAAGAAACAAGUACCAAAAUGUGUCCAUUGCAUUGAAACAGUCACAUGUACACCAGGCUACACAAAGAGCAUAUUGUGAUGUCACAGGGUGGUAUUGUGAUGUCAUAGUGGGCUGCAUUGUAACCUCAUCAGUGCCAUUGUGGAAGUCAUAACGGAUGGCAUUAUGUCAUUGUGCAAUGUGUGAUGUCAUCUCCCCACUCACGGCCUCCCCCUCUCUCUUAUUGGCUGGGUUCCACAGGUGGCAGCAAAUCCCAGGAAAGUUCAACGGAAGAGGAGGCUCAUGGGUAAUGAAGUUCUCUCUGUCAGAACUAUGUGUGUUACUCAGACAACCAACCAGGAGGCUUUUUUUGUUUUCUUUAGAUAUAUUUUUAUCAGUGAAUCCCUUAUGCAGUGAUUGGACGUGGCUGGAAUGAGCGUGUGUGUGGCUACUGCACUAUCCUCAGCUGUAUUCCUCAUUCAUUAUACGUUUCGCAUCAAUGCCAAUUGUGUGUGUGUCUACGUGGUGUGUGUGUACACGGUGUGUGUGUGUGUGCCUCUCCUCCCUGUUGUAAUUCAGCCUCCUUUGUCUAAACGUUACAUUGCCUGUUCCUUCAUUAUUAGCCUAUCUGUGUGCCAAAGCAAAUCACUUCAACCCUGUGUGUGUGCGUGUGUUGUCAAAAUCCGUCCAUCCAAGCAUUAGACAGAGGGUGGUCAAAAAAAGCCAAUUUGCACAGAAAUGUGUACACCGCUCUUGGUGAUUUGCUUUAGUUGUUUGAUUAUACGUCCAUAUUUUAUUUUAUACACUCCCACAUAGCAGUUACAUACAUAUUUGUAUGUAGAGCCAAAUAUUUGUAGUUUUCGUGUUGUUUUUCUAGGCCUAAUGGAGGGCCUGUAUACAGUAUAUAAGGAGACCUACGGGAAGAUUGGAACUUAAAGGGCUAGAUCACCCAACAGUAAAGAGAUAAAUAUGUAUUUGAAAAUGUUCGCACUAUCCCUUUAAGAGAGCUUAUGCAACGCUUGUGUCCGUGCCUUUGCACAGUCAGACAUUUAGCUGUAGGUCUGAGUUGUGAUGAGAGAGAGAGGUGAGUGUCUGUGUGUCUCCUCUCCCAUUUGACUUCUCUCGCGGCGUGCCAACCCUGACCCAGUCUGCUUUCAUGCAUUCCUUUUGUUUGGCCAAGUUGCCAAAGAGUAUCAGAAUCCCUUUAUUCACCAAGUACAUUUACACAUACCCAGAAUUUGCUUUGGUGAGAAGGUGCUGCUAGAAAUAGACAAUAUACAGACAGAAGUCCAGAUAGACACCAUACAGAAUAGACAAUAUACAGACACAAGUCCACGUAGACAUCAUACAGAGUAGACUGCGUGUGUCACAUCUAAAGCACCUUGUUGAUUUUCUCAUCCUUGAUAGCCGAGUAGGUUGAGUACCAUUUAACAUUCCACAUCACGUGUGUGUGUGUGUGCGCGCGCUCCUGUGUGGCUGGCCGUGUGUGUGACUCUUGGCGCCUGUCAGUCAGUAUUCAGUCUUACAGACUCUUUCAGGAAACUCCAUUUCCCAUGUUGCAGUGUAACUACCCAUGUGUGCAGGGAAUACAUAUGUUACCCACUGUCCUGUGGAGACAGGAAACCCCUAGAUAAAGGCCUGGUCCAUAAUCAACCCCUUGGUCCUUCCCCUAACACCUUUCCCUGGCUCCUAGUCAUCUACCCUUUGCUCCUAGGCCCUAUCCCUUAGUGUAAACAGAUCUGAAGAAAAGGUGAUGGCACCACCUAGACUUUAUGUCAGGCCUAGGGGACCUUCUGCCAUGCUGUGUACACCUAUCUCAUUCCUUCAGAUCUGCAAACAGGGGUUUGGAGUGGGGUUAGGAGUCUUUGGAGUGGGGAUUGGGGCUAGGAGUCUUUGGCGUGGACCAGAGACUCCACCAGGGUCAUAUUCAUUAGUGCACACCAUAGCAAAAUGUUUUGCAACGGAAAACAAAAACAAACAAU